UGUUAAGCAGAGCUGCACGUACUUCAAAUCACAAGUGUAAGAGUUACUGUACUUUGCACUGCACUUAGACUCUGUUUCAGAAAUCUGUCACUUCUUCAACUAUUGCACUGUAACGUGGUGACUUCUUCAAGCAUACCCUCAGUCACAGAAGAAUCUUUCAGCAGUCGUUGGAUGGACAAAAGAGAAUUAGCUUUAUUUGGGUUCUCACCGAUUUAGCAUCAAGCACAUGCUCCAGAGGACAUGGCUGCUGCCAGUGAAUAUGCGGCUGAAGGUGAUGAGAAUGUGGAGCGGGGGAACUGGUCCUCAAAGACUGACUACUUGCUGUCAGUGAUCGGCUCUGCUGUGGGUCUGGGUAAUGUCUGGAGAUUUCCUUACCUGGCUUACAGAAAUGGAGGAGGUGCUUUCCUUAUUCCCUACACUGUGAUGUUGGCACUUGUUGGGAUGCCAAUGUUCUUCUUGGAAACUUCCUUUGGGCAGUUUGCCAGCCUUGGGCCCAUUGCAGUGUGGAAGGCCGUGCCCAUCUUACAGGGUGUGGGUGUAAAUAUGGUUCUAGUUGAAGCAAUCGAAAUCAUUUCGUAUACCUGCAUCCUGGCCUACAGUCUGUACUACCUGUUCGCUUCCUUCCAAUCACCCCUGCCGUGGGCAGACUGCUUCAGUUGGUGGGGAGCAGAUGAAACAUGCAGCAGGACUCCCAAAGAUCCACUCUGCAAUCUCACUCUGGAUGAUGGAUAUUUUGAAAUCGUUAAUACAACAUGGCUGCAGGCAAACAAUGAAACCUGUCCGAAUGGAUCAGAAAUCUCUGUUCCUCACCAGGGCCCGAGUGAGCAAUACUGGGAUAAAGCAGUUUUACACCGUACACCUUCAAUGGAUGAGACUGGGGACAUUGUCUGGUAUUUAGCCCUCUGCCUGCUUCUGGCCUGGCUGAUGGUUGGAGCAGCGUUAUUCAGAGGAAUCAAAUCGUCAGGAAAGGUGGUUUAUUUCACCGCGACAUUGCCGUAUGUGGUUCUGACCAUACUCCUGAUCCGAGGGGUUACCCUGGAGGGAGCCUCUAAAGGAAUUGAGUUCUACAUUGGAAGCCAGUCAGACUUCUCCAGACUGGCUGAGGCUCAGAUCUGGAAGGAUGCUGCGAUCCAAAUUUUCUUUACUUUCUCUGUGGGUUCUGGUACUUUAAUAGCAUUGUCAUCCUACAACAAAUUCCACAACAACUGUUACCGAGAUACCAUCGUUGUCUGUGUUGUUAACUGUGCUACAAGUGUGUUUGCUGGGUUUGUCGUUUUCUCCACCCUUGGACACAUGGCUCUUGUAAAAGACAAACCUGUUUCAGAAGUUGUGCAGUCAGGUUUUGGUUUGGCUUUCAUUGCGUAUCCUGAGAUUGCUGCACAGUUGCCGUGGGCACCCUUAUGGUCAAUUUUAUUUUUCCUCAUGCUGGUGACUUUGGCAAUCGACACUCUGUUUGCAGCUUUGGAAAAAAUCAUAACAACUCUGCUGGACAGGUUUCCUAUAUACCUGCGACCAAAGCGCUUUUGUCUGACAACUGGCAUUUGCAUGUUGUUUUAUCUGCUUGGCCUUGUGAGUGUAACACAGGCUGGAAUUUACUGGAUAAAUUUAAUUGAUCAUUUCUGUGUGGGAUGGGUCCCCAUUAUAAUAACGCUGCUGGAACUCAUGGGUGUAAGCUGGCUGUAUGGGAUAAACAGAUUCACCAAGGACAUUGAGAUGAUGAUCGGGGAAAGGAAUUGGCUCUUCUGGAUGUGGUGGAGAAUGUGUUGGAGUUUUGUUAUCCCGUGUUUGAUGGUGGUAGUCUUGUUCUGGUCCUUAGCAACAUUUGCCCCUCCAACAUAUGGACCUGUUGAAUACCCUGUCUGGGCACUAGCACUGGGCUGGUGUAUGAUCAUCUUCUGUAUUAUGUGGGUCCCCAUUGUGGCCGUGGUGAGAGUUGUCAAAGCUGAGGGCUCCACUUUGUGGCAGAAAAUUUCUGCCGCUUGCACGUCAGCCCCUGAUUGGGGUCCGUACUUGGAACAACACAGAGGGGGAAGGUACAGAAAAAGACCUGAUUCAACAGACGGUCCUCAUGGGGUGCAGCUUCUGGCAACACACGAAAUGUGAAAUUUUGAAGCAACCAUUUACUUUGAGUUUGGAAACAAUUGUCCUAACAUCAACCACCAUUCUAGUGUACUUCAAUUAAAACUUCAGUGGGAGUCCCAAGUACACCAAA